AUGGGCACCCAACGCCUAUCUCCGCUGUUAUUACCGGCACAGGCGGAGGAUUUCCCGUCUGAGGAGCGUAGGGAUUUCAAGAGGGAGCUCAAUGGCUGGGGCAAUCCAAUGCCGACGAAUACUGCAGGGAACGAUGGUGCGCAGCAGCAAAUAAUACUAGUGGCCAUCUGCGUGAUGUCCCAGAUGGGGUCAACGAUAUUUGUGUCUGAAGGAGGCAGGUGUGUUAGCAAUGGUCAACAUCAUCAGAGGGAUUUCUCAAUCCUUAAAUUGAUAGUAUCCCCUGACACCGAUCCUGAGCUUUUCUCCCAUGCUGAUUUGAAGGUUAGAGAUCACUUGGAUCGCAAGAGCAAGCAUGACGAAGUCGAUCACGGAGUUGAUCGUCUCACUGGCAGCCAGGAAUACCAAUGUUGA